GUUUGGUAACCAAACUGUGUUAACAUUUCAUUAAAUAUUUGGUUAUUGACACAAUCACUUCAUUUGAUCCCAAGAUAUGACACAACCGACCAAACACUCGAAGACAUCACUCGAGACCAAAGAUAACAGCAAUGGAAAUAACAAACAGCCACAAAUGUAUGCAAAGAACUCAAUGGACAGAUUCGGUGAUGAUUUGUGUGCACUUCUCUUGUCUUACCUCUCAAUCAAAGAUCGGUUUCAGUGCGAAUGUGUGUCCAAACAGUUCCAGAGGACAGUCUUUGAGAAUGCUGUGGAUAUCACUUUUAAAGACACGUUUAUAUUUAAAACAUACCACAGAAAUGAGUUCAAAACUCGAUUCUUUACCACAAUUGCCAGAAAGUGUCCAAACAUUCAAACCAUUGACUGUCGAGGAAUAUAUAAGACAUAUGUAAUAAAAUUUCCCCAUUUUUUGGACAUAUUUCGAGACAAUUGCCGACAUUUGCGGGAUAUUUACUGCGAUUUGAUGCCCGAAACUGAACAAUGGAUUCAUAGUUACGGAUCACUUAUCACAAGAGUCCGCAAAUUGGAAGGUUUUUCGCGAAACUUAAUGCUUGGGUGCAAACGAUUGUCACACAUAGAAGUGAUGUCUAUGUUAAACAUCGGCAGCAACUCCGACGACUCCGAAGACUCCGACGACUCACAGGAAAUGAAGGCACGACUAGACGCAAAACUAGAGUUAAUUAAUACAUUAUCAUCACUCGCGCGCACUCCCGAAGACGAUCUGAUGGACAACACUCGGGAGCCGAUAGUCAUCGAUGGUAUAGAAGUGCACUUCCCGUACAAACCAUACGGUUUACAACUGGAUUACAUGCGGUCUAUGAUUAGGUGCUGUCAACAG